CAAUACCCACGGCUACCACGACACUUCUACAAAUCGAGCCCAUCGCCCACCCCCUUUGGCAACAGGAAUUCGAUCAAUCACCGUCCUACUCGACUUCUUUGCUUCAAUCCGUCAGCCCAUCUCCCUACAGAGCAUUCCAAAGGUCAACGGAAAAAGUAAUUCUGCAUCAAUCAACACCAUCGUCAUAUCUCGCCGUGCUUUCCUCUCCCCAGCCCCUCUACUCCACCGCACCCCAUCACCAUCACCAUCAUCAUCACACUGCAGCUUUUUAGUUGAAUAGUCGCUUGCGACAUCCAACCGUCAAGAUUUCGUCCAUCACUUCCUACCCGUCUCCCCUGACAGCAGUCACAAUGCAGCCAAAGGCGCCAAAGACUGGAAACAAGACUCACCGUCGCUCACGCACAGGUAAGCGCUUCUCGGGGAUGACGCUGUCCCUUCGUUUUCUUUACUGACGGGGCCCAUUUUACCGUAGGCUGCUUUACUUGCCGUCUUCGUCGGAAGAAGUGUGAUGAGGGGAAGCCUCUCUGCAAAGCGUGCAAGCAUCUUGGCUUGAGCUGUGAAUACAAGCGUCCCGUCUGGUGGGGAAAUGUCGACCAGCGCAAGAGGCAGAAGGAGACCAUCAAGAUGUUGAUCAAGAGGACAAAGUUGUCCGAGAAGGUGGCCCAGAUCUCACCAAUUAGUGCGGAUUCCCCCCCCGAACUUUCGCGAUCUUUACCAACCUCCGAUACUCUUUCAGACACUAUUGCUCGAAGACGCUCGCUCUCGAUGGAGUCUGGUCUUUCGCUCGAGGAGGAGAUGGAGAACUACAAUGACCUUGUAAACCCGGAGAUCCACAACGGACACAUGCACCACCCAUACCACCCCUUCCCCCCCUUUGAGGUCGACAUCAUGACGGAGAAGCAGACCUAUGUGAACUCGUUCCCCAUGCCCAUGCGAAGAGCCUCCACUAGCACAGCUUCGUACACCAGCAGCCACCACAUGAGACGGGACUCGGCUGCCAACGUUAUGGUUCCAACCGAGGGGCUUGCUCAGUUCGACUCUCUGAACCGACACGUACCCCACCCCGCUUCCUGCGCUAGCGCUGAGGAGAAUCCUGCCACCGCCGAAUUUGGCCUUUUUGACUACGGCUACGGUCAGCCCGAGGCGCCGGUGCCCUACAUCCAGGUUGACGAGAGUGACAAGCACCUCCUUAACCACUUUGUAGAGAAUGUCCUUCCAAUCAUCUUCCCCAUCCUUGAUCUGAAUCUGGACGCCAAGCAAGAUGUGAUCCUCCCCGCCUUGGCCUCCAACGAGUGCUACCGCCACUGCUGCUUGAGCAUCGCUGCUCUUCAUCUUAAGGUCACUCAAGGGCUUCAGGGUGAGUGGAUUGAUCAGAGCAUCACACGACACAGAUAUGCCACCAUUUCGGGGCUCUGCGAUGCGUUGGCACGGGAUCAAGACCAUCUGAAAAUCCUUGAGGCGACUCUUGGGAUGGUUCUCUUCCAGGUAGGCACAAUGCAUGACGAUCGCUUGCCCUUGAAACUCUUUUACUAACGUUUUCGGCUAGUGCUCUGUUGGCUCUCCCGAUGACAACCUUCCGGAUAUCCCAUGGCACCAACACUUCCAGGCUGUUACGAGCCUUGUCAACAAGAUGGAUCUCACCCAAUGCCUCCAGCACAUUUCCCAGAGCAAUCACUCCCCCCCAUCGGUCAAUAUGACCCUCACUGCGUGGAUCGAUAUCCUUGGCGCGACCAUGCUUGGCCGUGCACCCCAAUUCGCAGACACCUACCGCGAAAAGCAUCUCAGCAAUGGAAUCAGUGGACUGCGAGAACUCAUGGGCUGUGAUGAUCGGGUCAUGUAUCUCAUCUCCGAGAUCGCCUGCCUGGAAGCUUUGAAGAAGGACGGAAUGCUUUCGGAUAUUGACCUUUGCGAUCAUGUCAAGUCUCUCGCCCACCAGAUCGAUCUUACCGAGCCAUCUCUUGACCAGCCCAUGCCGACAUCGCCCAUCGUCACAGCGAAUGGCCAGGUCGAUACUAGACAACUAACUAAUGCCACCACUGACGCAUUCCGCUUCGCCGCCCGCAUCUACCUUUGCUCGCUCGUGCCUGGCUUUGAUCGCCACCAACCGCAGGUUAUGGAACUCCUGAACAAGCUUACGCAUUGCCUUGAAUCGAUUCCUGCAGGGCCCGACGGAUUUGACCGCUCCCUCGUCUGGGUGUACCUUGUUGGUGGAUCUGUUGCCACCCCAGGCUCGCUCUUUGUGAGAUUUUUCAAGAGCAGAUGUUCGGCCUUGGGAGAAGCUGGGGCUUGUGGAAGUUUCGGACGCAUGGCCAGGAUCUUGGAGAUCCUUUGGGGAAGGAGGGAGAGCGGAUGGGAAGGUGGAUGGCGCGAUGUGAUGGAGGGCAACUCGUGGGAUUUCCUCUUGAUCUGAGCUUCCUCUAACCUUUUUACCUAUUCCUUUUCUCGUUUGUCAUUUUCUUUUGUCAUGGUUGGGUCACGGGGUUCGAGUGUAUGUAUCUAGCAUUUUGGCGUUUUUUGUUUCUUUCCCACCCUUUUGCUUUCAAUUGCGCCAUAUUUUUCGUUCGUUGGGGGUUGUGCCUACUUUUUAUUGCUUGUUCUUUUAUUGGGAAUACCGGCGUUCUUUUGUCAUUUUUAUCACGAUGUCUAUGAUGAACUGGGCCAGAUGAAAGCGGGAGUUUUUUUUCGCUUUUCCUUUUUUCUUAAAGAAUGGGCCAGGCAACAUUUUCAUUGCGCUGGGCGCCGCACAUGACUUUUUUUUCUUUUUCUUUUUCUUUUUUUUUCUGGGGAAACAUAGGAGUUGCUUCUUUGACAUCAUUGUAACUUUUUUAUAUUCUUUAGUAUAUUUAUUCUCUUGUUUUCCUCCAGAGAUUUAUCAUCUUCAUCUUCAUAUCCAUCGUACAGUACAGGUUUUUGAUUUUUUUUAUCUUACAGAGGGCAGAUUUUCUUUUGGAUGGCAGCUAUUUGUCUACAAUCCCUUUUCUUCAUCUUUUCACUCUUCGGUUGUUGGUUGAUUCAUUAGGGCGGCGUCGCUCGCUUGCUGUUUUGUAGAUGGGUUUGGUUUGCUUGCUUGGGAAAUGUACUUGUGCGAGUUGUAGAUAUGAUAUGGACAUGAUAUGAUUGAUACCCCCUCCCCUUUUUUAGUUAGAAAAACAAAGCAAAAACAUAAUGUAUUUGAUGAGCGUUUGAUUUGAUUUGGUGCAUGGUCUGCGAUGGGUCUGUCUUGCCUUUUUGUGGUGGUUAAUUUACCCUUGACCGAAAGGAGAAGGGUGAAUCUGAUUAGCUACGGCACUUUCUUGUUUUCCAUCGCAUUCCAUUCCAGUGCCGUACUACGGGUACCCGGAAGUGGGGUUGUUGAUCUCGUUAUCGUAGAUUCAUCUCAUUUCACCUUGGUCAGCUGAAACCCAAUCAUCGCUGGAGCGGUUUUAUGAUGCGUGAAAUUGGGAAUUUCCAGUCU